AUGGGCACGAUUGGCAUCAUCAUCACCGUCAGAGUAUUCGACAAGUACAGAAGGAGAACCGGCGUCCCUGCGGCCUCCUACCUGGUCCUGCCUCAGGCUCACAGGCCACCCCUAAAUAUCGACCAUCAUGCAUCCUUGUUUGUCGUCAACCAGGAAGACCAGGUCACAUCAACAGCCUCGAUGCCCUCGAGCCCCAGGAUGGCCGUCCGUCGAGGCCUUCAGCUAGCGUUCCAAGUUUAUCAAGACAACGACGAUGCCGUCGACAUCUGCGUCAGCCCUGCUGCCACCGUGCAGCCUCAGCCUCCCGUCGACUCCGUGCCGGAGCAACGACAUCUCCUAGCCAGUGUCUCUCUUGCGCCGCACUAA